CGUGUUCGUGCCGCCGCCGCCCCGCGAUCUCAAGAGGUGGAUUCGACGCCGUGCAGAGACCGGCCUGGCAGCGCGCGCGCGGGGUCUGAGACGACGGACAAGCACGCGCUCGAGAUCGCCGGCCCGGUCCAAUAAGUAGCGCGUGCGUGCACACAGACGCAGGCACAUCCACCACAUACCGCCGCCACGCCCAGGUCCAAGCAGCCUCCGCCCUCCGGACAUCGAUCGUCGGUGGAGAUCGAGCGGCCGAGAUGGCCGCCGCGACGACGGAGGGCGGCGAGGCCGCGCUGCUGCUGCUGCUGCCGGCGGGCGACGACGGCAAGGAGUCGGCGGCGUCCCGGUGGCGGCUGUGGGCGCGCGAGGCCCGGCGGGUGGGGUACCUGGCGCUGCCCAUGGUGGUGGUGGCCAUGUCGCAGUACGUCGUGCAGGUGUCCUCCAACAUGAUGGUCGGCCACCUCCCCGGCGUCCUCCCGCUCUCCUCCACGGCCAUCGCCACCUCCCUCGCCAACGUCACCGGGUUCAGCCUCCUGAUUGGAAUGGCAAGUGCACUGGAGACACUAUGUGGCCAAGCCUACGGUGCAAAACAGUACCAUAAACUAGGGGUCGACACUUACAGAGCAGUAUUUACCCUCCUAGCAGUCUGCAUCCCGCUCUCACUCAUCUGGGUGUUCAUGGACAAGAUCCUGAUCCUCAUAGGACAGGACCCCCUCAUCUCCCACGGAGCUGGAAGGUACAUGAUCUGGCUGAUCCCGGGGCUCUUCUCCAACGCGGUGCUCCAGCCGGUGACCAAGUUCCUGCAGACGCAGAGCCUGAUCUUCCCGCUGCUGCUGUCGUCCGUCGCGACCAUGGCGAUCCACAUCCCUCUGUGCUACGUCAUGGUGUUCAAGACCGGCUUCGGGUACACCGGCGCCGCUCUGACGAUAGGCGUAUCCUACUGGCUCAACGUGGCCAUGCUUGUCGUGUACAUAAUGCUCUCGAGUUCCUGCAAGGAGACGCGCACACGCCCCACGAUGGAAGCCUUCAAGGGAGUGGGCGCGUUCCUGCGUCUAGCUCUGCCGUCGGCACUCAUGAUCUGUCUGGAAUGGUGGUCGUUCGAGAUCCUUAUUCUCUUGUCAGGAUUUCUAACCAACCCAGAGCUGCAGACCUCAGUGCUUUCGAUCUGCCUCACAAGUGUAACACUGCUCUUCACUAUACCAUUUGGGCUUGGAGCUGCUGGGAGCACACGGGUGGCGAACGAACUGGGCGCCGGGAACGCUGACGGAGCUCGAUCCGCUGUCCGCGUCGUGCUCUCCAUGGCGGCGUUGGACGCGGUCAUCGUGGGCGGGACCCUCCUAGCGGCGCGGCGCCUCGUGGGCCUCGCGUACAGCAGCGAGGAGGAGGUCGUCUCUUCCGUCGCCGCCAUGGUCCCCCUGGUCUGCAUCACUGUCGUCACCGACUGCGUGCAAGGAGCGCUCUCAGGCGUCGCCCGGGGGUGCGGGUGGCAGCACCUGGGCGCGUACGUCAACCUCGGCUCCUUCUACCUGCUGGGGAUCCCCAUGGCGAUCCUCCUCGGCUUCGCGCUGCACAUGGGGACGAGAGGGCUCUGGUUGGGCGUCGUCUGCGGCUCCCUGUCGCAGUCCGCGCUCCUGUCCGCCAUCAACUUCUUCACCGACUGGCCCAAGAUGGCUGAGAAGGCUAGGGAACGGGUGUUCAGCGAGAAGGCUCCCGAGCCCGGGCCGUGACGAUGUCUGCUGGAGUAGCGGCACCUCUACAUUGACAGUCUGAUGUUGCAGGGGAGGCGUCUGUUCCUGUGGCAUUCACGGAAGGGAGAGGGAGAUCAGGCCAAUGUGGCUCUUGCCUGUCAAGGCAAACGGGCCAAUCCAUGCCCGUUUACUCAUCAAGGCACACAUGGUUCCUGCUUUCAGCUUCAUUUCCCAAGAUUUAUUGAUUUUUGCAUACAUGAACUGUAGAGAAACACGGAAGAAUAUAUAUAUAUAUAUAUAUAUAUAUAUAUAUAUAUAUAUAUAUAUAUAUUUGUAGAAUGAGCCUUGCACGUACUUCAUAAAAAAGAAUAAUCAAGUAGAGAAAUGCUGAUAAUUGUGUAAAAACUAGGGAAGUAUUUGGAAGAGAGAAGAGAUGAUCGCAGACGGAAAUUGAACGGUGAUGCGACACUAUAUUUGAGACGGUCCA